AACCAAACAUGUACACGUGUGAUGUCUGUGAUAAAGAGUUUAGUGACUCCUCUCAGCUAGAGGUACACACCAGGACACAUACAGGCCAGGAACCAAACAUGUACACGUGUGAUGUCUGUGAUAAAGAGUUUAGUGACUCCUCUCAGCUAGAGGUACACACCAGGACACAUACAGGCCAGGAACCAAACAUGUACACGUGUGAUGUCUGUGAUAAAGAGUUUAGUGACUCCUCUCAGCUAGAGGUACACACCAGGACACAUACAGGCCAGGAACCAAACAUGUACACGUGUGAUGUCUGUGAUAAAGAGUUUAGUGACUCCUCUCAGCUAGAGGUACACACCAGGACACAUACAGGCCAGGAACCAAACAUGUACACGUGUGAUGUCUGUGAUAAAGAGUUUAGUGACUCCUCUCAGCUAGAGGUACACACCAGGACACAUACAGGCCAGGAACCAAACAUGUACACGUGUGAUGUCUGUGAUAAAGAGUUUAGUGACUCCUCUCAGCUAGAGGUACACACCAGGACACAUACAGGCCAGGAACCAAACAUGUACACGUGUGAUGUCUGUGAUAAAGAGUUUAGUGACUCCUCUCAGCUAGAGGUACACACCAGGACACAUACAGGCCAGGAACCAAACAUGUACACGUGUGAUGUCUGUGAUAAAGAGUUUAGUGACUCCUCUCAGCUAGAGGUACACACCAGGACACAUACAGGCCAGGAACCAAACAUGUACACGUGUGAUGUCUGUGAUAAAGAGUUUAGUGACUCCUCUCAGCUAGAGGUACACACCAGGACACAUACAGGCCAGGAACCAAACAUGUACACGUGUGAUGUCUGUGAUAAAGAGUUUAGUGACUCCUCUCAGCUAGAGGUACACACCAGGACACAUACAGGCCAGGAACCAAACAUGUACACGUGUGAUGUCUGUGAUAAAGAGUUUAGUGACUCCUCUCAGCUAGAGGUACACACCAGGACACAUACAGGCCAGGAACCAAACAUGUACACGUGUGAUGUCUGUGAUAAAGAGUUUAGUGACUCCUCUCAGCUAGAGGUACACACCAGGACACAUACAGGCCAGGAACCAAACAUGUACACGUGUGAUGUCUGUGAUAAAGAGUUUAGUGACUCCUCUCAGCUAGAGGUACACACCAGGACACAUACAGGCCAGGAACCAAACAUGUACACGUGUGAUGUCUGUGAUAAAGAGUUUAGUGACUCCUCUCAGCUAGAGGUACACACCAGGACACAUACAGGCCAGGAACCAAACAUGUACACGUGUGAUGUCUGUGAUAAAGAGUUUAGUGACUCCUCUCAGCUAGAGGUACACACCAGGACACAUACAGGCCAGGAACCAAACAUGUACACGUGUGAUGUCUGUGAUAAAGAGUUUAGUGACUCCUCUCAGCUAGAGGUACACACCAGGACACAUACAGGCCAGGAACCAAACAUGUACACGUGUGAUGUCUGUGAUAAAGAGUUUAGUGACUCCUCUCAGCUAGAGGUACACACCAGGACACAUACAGGCCAGGAACCAAACAUGUACACGUGUGAUGUCUGUGAUAAAGAGUUUAGUGACUCCUCUCAGCUAGAGGUACACACCAGGACACAUACAGGCCAGGAACCAAACAUGUACACGUGUGAUGUCUGUGAUAAAGAGUUUAGUGACUCCUCUCAGCUAGAGGUACACACCAGGACACAUACAGGCCAGGAACCAAACAUGUACACGUGUGAUGUCUGUGAUAAAGAGUUUAGUGACUCCUCUCAGCUAGAGGUACACACCAGGACACAUACAGGCCAGGAACCAAACAUGUACACGUGUGAUGUCUGUGAUAAAGAGUUUAGUGACUCCUCUCAGCUAGAGGUACACACCAGGACACAUACAGGCCAGGAACCAAACAUGUACACGUGUGAUGUCUGUGAUAAAGAGUUUAGUGACUCCUCUCAGCUAGAGGUNGAUGGAUUAAACAUCUACAUGCAUAUGUAUGGUGUAUGUGAUAGAGUGCUUAGUGAUUCUUUUUUACCUGCAAAGUUAUUCAAGGAACAAGAUUCAUCAGAUGUUACUCAAAAUAAUUUAAGUGCUUCAGUUGACAUACGUACCAUCUUUAGGUCCAGUACAGAAGACCUAUCAGUUCCUCCAGCUAGGGCGAAGUCAGACGACUUGCAGAAAGACGAAAAACCACACAUGUGUACUGUCUGUGGUAAGAGUUUUAAACGCAGAAGUCAGCUACAAAUUCAUAUCAGGAUACAUACAGGAGAGAAGCCGUUUGAGUGUGGUUUCUGUGGCAAAGGGUUCAGUGCCGAAUGUAAUAUGCAGGCGCACCUAAGAACACAUUCAGGAGAAAAGCCGUACAAGUGUGAUGUUUGUGGUAGACAAUUUAACCGGACAUCUAGUCUGCAAAUACACAUGAGAACACAUACUGGGGAGAGGCCAUACAAGUGUGAUACGUGUGGUAACAAAUUCACUCACGCCCGUCACCUACAGACACACUUAUGGACUCAUACAGGGGAAAAACCAUACAAGUGUGAAGUCUGCGACAAACAAUUUAAUCAGACGUCUAUCCUGCAGUCACACAUGAGAACGCAUACAGGGGAGAGGCCAUACAAGUGUGAGGUGUGUGGUAAAAGUUUCGGUCGCUCAGCCCACUUACAGAAACACAUUAGGACACACACGGGGGAGAAGCCAUACACGUGUGAUGUCUGUGGAAGGGGGUUUACACAGAUUGAACAGUCGGUGCUGAUGUGCUGGCUUCGUCAACACACAAGGAUAAAAUCGGAAGCAAAAUUUGACAUUAACAGGCACGGAACCAAGGAGACAUCAAAGCAGAAGGGAAAACUUCAUGAAGUCAUCCAAACAUUACAGGCAAAAUCUUGAUGAGGUGUCCGGGUAAACACAUCCUGCACCUCAUGUGGCGCCUGAUAUCAUAUCUCUAUGAUAUCCAGAAAGAAUAAGACAUAAACGCCCCCGCUCAUGCACGGGACGCGACGGGACGGACAUGGGCAACACUAUAUGCCCCCCCCCCCCAUUUUAUGGCGGGGUCAUAAAAAUAUUUCUACCACAGACUUUCAACUCAAACGACCAUAUAGCUGUUAAUGGGACGUUAAAU